GUGUGUGUGUGUGUGUGUGUAUAUAUGUAUGUAGACACUCUGCAUCGCUCCAAAAAUAUUGAAAAUCAAGUUUUGGCCUUCAUCUUUUCCAAAGCUGAACUCAGGAAAAUCUGACAGUGAUGAUGCAAUCUCUGUUCUUCGUUUUCUUUCUUCUCCAUCUCUCUGUCAUCGUCUUCAACCCCAGGAAUCUUUUGAUAGCUGAAGCACUGACGGCACAUUCAGAUAUAACGGCACUUAAAGCCUUCAAAGCUUCCAUCAACGCUUCUUCGAUUUCGACAUGGUCGUGUCUAGCUUCAUGGGACUUCACCGCCGCCGACCCAUGCGCCUUUCCUCGCCGGACUCACUUCAUCUGCGGCGUCGCUUGCUCUGCUGACUCAUCUCGGAUCACCCAACUCACCCUCGACCCAGCCGGCUACUCGGGCCGACUCACUCCACUGGUAUCUCACCUCACGGAACUAACCAUCCUCGACGUCGCUGAUAACAACUUCUACGGUGAAAUCCCUUCAUCCAUUUCCUCUCUUGUUAAACUCCAGUCUCUGACUCUCCGAUCCAACUCAUUCUCGGGCUCACUUCCUCCCUCGAUCUCUAACUUCAAGUCUCUGCAAUCUCUGGAUAUUUCCCGCAAUUCCUUGUCCGGAUCCUUGCCGAACUCAAUGAUUUCGCUUUCGAGUUUGCGGAGACUCGAUCUGAGUUACAACAAACUCACCGGGUCGCUUCCCAGAAAGCUUCCGUACAAUUUACUCGAAUUAGCUUUGAAAGGAAAUUCUUUAACCGGGUGCAUCUCGAAGGACUCAUUUGACGGGCUGACUCAGCUGGAAGUUGUGGAACUCAGUGAGAACUCGUUCGCCGGAACACUCGGCGAAUGGUUCUUUCUCUUACCCUCGCUUCAACAAGUGGAUUUGGCUAAUAACAACCUGACACGUGUCGAGAUCCCCAAGCCCGGCCUCGCCGGCGGAGACCUGGUGGCGGUGGAGCUGGGGUACAACAAGAUCGACGGCUACGCGCCUGUAACCUUCGCCGAAUACCCUUCGCUGUCGUCUUUAUCGAUGAGGUACAACCGAUUGCGUGGCAGGAUCCCAUUGGAGUACAGCCGGAGCAAGUCGUUAAGGAGGCUGUUCUUGGACGGAAACUUCCUGAUAGGCAGACCGCCGGCGAGACUCAUAGCCAGUGACUCGCAGGUUGCCGGUAGCUUGGGAGAUAAUUGUCUGCAGGGAUGUCCAGGGAAUGCUAACAUGUGCUCUCCUUCCCAAAAACCCAAUUCGAUUUGCAAGCAGGCUUAUGGAGGAAAACUCAGGUCUUGAUUGUCAGAAAAUUUUCAGUAAUUAAUUAAAUAUUGUUUCUAAAUAAUUGUCAUUUUAAAUAAUAUAAUUAGCAAGAAAA